ACAUAUUGAAAGAUUAUGUUUUGUUUAUAUCACUAGUUCCAUACAUGCUUGUAGGAAAGGUAGUGGUAGUGUAAUUUUUUUGUUUGUAAAUUUGUGGUUAGUGUUGGAACCUCCUAAAAUGUCAUCUGAUAACAGUGGUGCGGGUGAAAAUGUUGAUAGAAAUGCAGCACGCGAAUCUCUUCCACCAGCUAUAGAAUAUCCAGGACCGAAUAACAUCACAGUUUCACCAAAUCAGCCAAGACAACCAACAACAUUGCAGGACCUUCUAAGAUUUAGCGUCGAGGCGGCAGGUGGACAAAUGACGCAGAAUAAUGCUGUUGCGAUAGACGAAGAGAGACGAAAAUUUUUGGAAGCAGCUCUGAAGAGUCUGACAUUUGAUGUGAUAGAAGAGUUGUUAAAGGCAAUAAACAUCCUGAAAAAUGCUGGUACACUGGAGCUGGAGGACGAUCCCUCUGCAUGUGAAGCAGCAUUGGAUACUAUUACACAGCAUGUUGAUAACAUGGACACUGCAAAUGAUUUCCACAAAAUUGGAGGCUUUUGUAUUUUCCAUCCAUGCCUGGACUCGGCACACAGCAGCUUACGUUGGCGUGCUGCAGAAAUCAUUGCCGAACUGACGCAGAAUAACCCUUACUGCCAGCAACGCAUUCUGGAGGCUAAUUUAUUACAGCCUUUGCUGAAUCUCAUAGAUAAUGAUCCAGCCAGCCAGGUCCGCGUUAAGGCCCUCUAUGCUAUUUCUUGUCUUGUACGUGAGAAUAAAAAUGCUCUUCAAGAGUUUAUAAAACAUGCGGGAUACUCAGUCCUCCUUCGUGCUAUGCAGAGCAAUGUUGAGAAGUUGCAGGUGAAAUCUGCAUUCCUAUUGUCAAGUCUCUGUUCAAGCACAGAAAUAAAAGAUGAGCUUUGUAAGAUGGGAUUUAUAGAACAGCUCAUAGGACUGGUUGGACCAGAGGGCAGCCCAGCUGUUGAACAUCUGCUAUCAGCAGUUGUUGCACUUGUGUCAGAUCACGAAUUAUCUCAGCAAGAGUGUCGGAGGCCAGAACUGCACCUUCGCGAUAAACUGUUCCAGAUUAUGCAAAACGUGUCUGGCAAGGAGGAAUUCAGAGCCAAGAUCUACUGGGAAAAUCCAGUUGGAUAACUUCAACAGGGGUGUCUUGAGGAAAACAAUUGAAGACUUCAGCUUGGUGCAGAAGACUGCCGCAAAACUUUGACCAAAACUCAAGAAAAAGAUUGGCUGGACUUGGAUUUUGGGUAUUAAAUCUCUGUAGAAUAUUUAGUCGUCCAUGGGAUGAAAGCGGAAAUGAAAUACGUGAGUAUGCCCAGUACUUGUUGAGGCUUGUCUUUAGUGGUGAUGAAGAAGAACGUUAGUGAAGUUUACUACUUAUAAUUUCACCGUUUGAGAACCACACUCAUGGGGGAAGGCCACAAAAAUGUGUAGAGUCUACAGGCACAACUCCUGCAAUACCCAGUUUCAGCAAAUGAAAGUUGUGUCAUUAGAUUUUAUCAUUGUUAUUAAAAUGAAGUAUUUAAUUUAAAAUGUGAAUUAUAUUUGAAAACUGUUUCAUAGAUUAAAUUAAAAAUAGUGCUUUUUGUACUAAUCCACAUAAGGAUUUUAUUGCA